AUGUGGUUUAGCCUCGUGUGGUUUUUUGUGGGCGCUAGUGCCGAAAUUAGGAGCAGUCUGAUAGUUAAUAAGUUAGCAAAAGUAAAACCAGUGGGCGGAACAAUUAGCAAGAGUUUCGUACCCCUAACUGAGCUCCCCCCACCGCGCGUACACCAUGCUUCUGGCAGACGACACUUAGAAGAUGAGUGCACUAAAGCCCCCACCUGGAAAGAGGUCCACGAAGGCGGCAAAGUCGAGAUAAUUGGAGAUUAUUACGAGGACAAAGUGGCGAAGACCGUUGCGACUGUUAUUAUUCCGGAUCAUAUUGAUUAUAAGCAUUUCCAAGUAACGACUCAAAUUCCCUACUUCACCGUGGGUCCAAUAGAAGCUAUAGGAUAUCAUCCCAGCACGUUGAAAAGCGACCAUCCCAGCGAAUGUGAAAAGAUCUACCAGGACCACAUAGCUGAUCAAUACUCUGAUGAGACCAGGGAUUACUCAGAGGAGUCCCUGGAGAUGGCUAGGAUGCCGUUGUUUGCGCAGAAUAUGAGGGAAUCCAUAGAAGAGCGAUUUGCUAAUAUGUACGACGACAUGCGAUAA